UGUUUAGACGUUUUCAGAGUUUAAAAAAUUACUAUGUUGUUUACACUUUUUCAUUGAUAUUUAUGUUUGAAGCCGCUGCAUUUACACUAAGUACUUAAAAAAUUUUCAUUCACAAGCAUAUUCGGUAUCCACGGAAAUUUCGUUGUCAAGCAUCUAGCAACACUGUUCACUUUGUUGGCAGAGCAGUAGGAGGAAAAUAUAAAAUAUCCAUGUAACUAAACAAGAAAUUUAGUGCCGUUCACCGCUUCACAGUUCGUAUUCUAACCGCGAGAUAUUCACAAAACUCUAAUUAAUUAACAUUUCUCUCAUAUAUCAGCAUUCACACAAAGCACUUUACCUAGAGCCUUUUUGAAGAUUAUUAUAGCGCAGAUCAAAGAUCGGAAAAUAAAAUCCCACUGUGUAGUUAGUGAAGUUUUUGUGUAUUAUAAUGUAAAGAAGUGAAGCAACUAAAUGCAGAACAACCCUGUAAUGGAUACACAAAUAGCUCCAAGCGACAAUAACAAGAGUUAUUUCCUUCCAAAAUUAAAUGGGCCUUCGAACUCUUCCAGUGUAGUUCAAGACAACAGUAGCGAUGUGGAAGGAAAAGUUAAAACGCGAAUUUUAUCAAUGUGGAAUAACAUGAAAUUUGAACUGAACUCAGUAGGAAUGAAGUUAAAACCUAACUUCGCCAAGGAGUCUCCAGUGUGGCUUUUAGGAAUGUGCUACAGAAAAUUAGAGCCUCCUAAUGAAUCCACAGAGCUAGGAACAGACGUAGCAGCUUUCCAAAGUCAAAGUGAUAUUUCAUGCAGUGACGAAGAAGGCCUUGAGGGCUUCAAAAAAGAUUUUAUUAGUAAAUUAUGGUUAACUUAUCGAAGAGAAUUUCCAAUUCUAAAUGGUUCAACGUACAGUAGUGAUUGUGGAUGGGGAUGCAUGAUUAGAAGUGGCCAAAUGCUUAUAGGCCAAGCCUUAGUUUUUCAUUUCCUAGGAAGAGACUGGAGGUACGCUCCAGAACAAAAGGAAACUACAGUCUAUCACCGGAAAAUUAUUAAAUGGUUUGGGGAUAAACCCUCAAGAAACAGCCCUUUAUCCUUACAUAGCUUAGUCAGGAUAGGCAAAGGACUUGGCAAGAAACCAGGCGAUUGGUAUGGGCCAGGACUGGUGGCCCAUUUAUUUCGGCAGGCAUUUAAAGAUGCCUCAAAAGACAAUUUUGAGUUUGACACUGUUAAUGUUUAUGUGGCUCAAAACUGUACAGUGUAUAUCAGAGACAUAUUUGCUGAAUGUAUUGACCAAGCAACUAAUAAAUGGAAAUCGCUUGUUUUGCUCAUCCCAGUAAGACUGGGAGCGGAAAAAUUCAAUUCCAUUUAUUCCCCCUGUUUAACGACACUAUUCAGUAUCAAAGAAUGUAUUGGUAUUAUUGGUGGCCGACCUAAACAUUCUCUGUACUUUGUUGGAUAUCAAGACGACAGAUUGAUUCAUCUGGAUCCGCACUAUUGUCAGGAAGUAGUGGAUGUUUGGGCUUCCGACUUUCCACUAACAACCUUCCACUGUAGAUCUCCCAGAAAAUUGCCUAUUAGCAAAAUUGAUCCUUCUUGUUGUAUUGGCUUUUAUUGCCGAACUAAAGAAGAUUUUCUUACCCUUGUAGAAACCGUACAACCGAUUGUAGUUCCACCACAUGGAGCAGGUGAUUACCCAAUGUUUACUUUCUGUGAUGGAUUUAGUUGCGAUGCAGAAUAUGCGGUAACCAAUUUUCCCCCUUCGGAAUAUGAAUAUGCUAACUAUAACAGUGACCCUGAUGAUAUGGAAUCAGAAGCUUUCGAAAUGAUAUAAUAGUAAUUCGUGUAUGUGUGGAAGAAAUCCUGAAACGUUUCCAUAGUUUAGUUGUAGUUUUAGCGACGCUUUUCCUACCACAUUUGGUAGCUUGAUUUAAGUUUAUUCUCAAGACACAUAUCCUGCAAUUCAUGCUGACUAAUCCUAAAUAUAACUGGUCCACUCUUCAUAAUGAUAAUACUAAUGAAAUUGACUGGUGACAAAUUUGUCAUGGUAUGUAUUUGAUUACUUAUCUUUUGUGCAGUAUAUAUUGAUGUGCCUUGUCAUCUAAUUAUGUUGAAUAUUUUUACACUAUUUGUGAAUACUCUGAUAUGGUACAACUUCUAAUGGAUCAAUUCAUCUUGAUCCCAAGGAAAUUGCUAUUGAAUACAGGGAAAAUUAUUAACUAAUUGCUAUCAUUUUUGAUCUGAACCGUAAUCGUCAUAUUCCUUCCAGUCACAUUUCUUUAAUAGAAUUAGGCUAUUUAUUAGUACAAUUCCUGAAUAUGUAUAUAAAUUGAUAAUACAUCAGACUGUUUUUAGUUUAAUUUAUUUAUUUGUAUGUUGUAAAUGAUUUUCUACAUAUUACGUAGUCUAAAAAUUCCCAAUUUGUUAACCGUUUGAUUUGAAAGAAAUAUAUUGAAGGUUUAGCGUUAA